AUGUCAAAAAAAGCAGUGGCUGGUGGACCCCAGGUGUGCAAGGAAGCAGCUGACAGACUCCGGGUGCUCAAGAUUGCAGAGGGUGGACCAAAGAAUCAGAAAAAACCACUCAACACAGAAAAUGUCUCCAAGGAAUGCAGAGGAGGGAAGCAAGCUCCAGUGCAGAAUGAAGAAGCCUGCCCUUUGGAAGGUGGGGAAGGCCAGGAGCCUAGAGGAAAUAUUAGAGGGGUUUGGGCUUCACCUGCUAAGGAUUUUAGAAAGGAUAUGUCCAAUAGGCUUGUCAAUAGCAUUGACAUGAUCAAUGGGAAUGCAAAUAAUAUGGAACAGUUCAUGGAAGAGAUGAGAGAACUAAGGAGGAAAAUUAGAGAGCUUCAGUUGUAGUACAGUCUGCACAUUCUUAUAGCAGAGCCCUCUCACCAUGAUCAUCAUGAUGAAUUUUGUCUUAUUCCCUGA